AAGAUGAGCUGUAACCUGGUUCUCGAUUUUGGAAAUCAGCUAUUCCGUCGUAAGGUCGUAGGAUCCGAUGACAAGGAGAGCAGGUUUUCACGAUGCCUUAACACCUUUGACUUGAUUGCCUUGGGUGUGGGUAGCACACUUGGCGCAGGGGUGUAUGUGCUGGCCGGAGCCGUGGCGAGGGAUAAUGCCGGACCUGCAAUCGUUCUCUGCUUCCUUAUUGCGGCUCUAGCUUCUGUUCUUGCUGGCUUGUGUUAUGGAGAAUUUGGUGCCAGAGUACCGAAGACCGGUUCUGCCUAUCUAUACAGCUAUGUCACAGUGGGGGAGCUGCUGGCCUUUAUAACCGGCUGGAAUUUAAUCCUCUCUUAUGUUAUUGGUACAUCGAGCGUGGCUCGAGCUUGGAGUGCAACAUUUGAUGAACUUAUUGGAAGAAAAAUUGAAGAUUUCUGUAUGCAGCACUUCACCAUGAAUGUGCCGGGUGUUUUAGCCAAAUACCCCGAUAUCUUCUCAGUGGUCAUUAUUUUGGUGCUGACAGGUCUCUUGUCAUUCGGUGUGAAGGAAUCGGCAUUUGUAAACAAGAUUUUCACAUGCGUCAAUGUAUUAGUCCUGGGCUUCGUCAUCGUUUCCGGCUUUGUGAAAGGAUCCAUUAAGAACUGGCAGUUAUCAGAAGGGGAUAUGAAUAAUUCAGCUGGUGUCAUGUGUCUUAACACGGAGUCGAGUACCUGGGAGUAUGGUAACGGUGGAUUCAUGCCGUAUGGUUUUGCUGGAGUCCUAUCUGGUGCCGCCACUUGCUUCUAUGCAUUUGUUGGCUUUGACUGUAUAGCUACUACAGGUGAGGAAGUAAAGAACCCCCAGAAAGCCAUUCCUAUUGGCAUUGUGGCUUCUCUCCUAAUUUGCUUUGUGGCAUACUUUGGAGUAUCGGCUGCCCUCACUCUCAUGAUGCCGUACUAUUUAUUGGAUAAAAACAGUCCUCUGCCAGUCGCCUUCAAUUAUGUUGGAUGGGGAGGAGCAAAAUAUGCUGUUGCUGUUGGAUCCCUCUGUGCACUUUCUACAAGCCUGCUUGGUUCCAUGUUUCCUAUGCCUCGUGUGAUUUAUGCCAUGGCAGAUGACGGGCUGCUAUUUAAAGUUUUAGCCAGAGUCAGUGAAAAGAGCAAAACGCCCAUUAUAGCCACAGUUUCCUCGGGAGCUGUUGCAGCAUUGAUGGCAUUUCUGUUUGACUUGAAAGAUUUGGUGGAUCUCAUGUCCAUUGGCACACUUCUCGCUUACUCUCUGGUAGCCGCCUGUGUCUUAGUUUUAAGGUAUCAACCGGAGCAGCCAAAUCUGGCUUAUCAAAUGGCCUGCACAAAUGAAGAGCCUGAUAUUAAUGAGUCCGUCAGUACCAGUGAGUCUCAGGCUGGUUUUCUGGGAGAAGAUGAGAAAUUCACUCUCAGAUUGUUGUUCUGCCCAGCAAACACUGAGCCAACCAGGUUAUCAGGAGCCAUAGUAAAUUGUGCCACUGGGAUGAUCGGCCUGCUGAUUAUCAUAUUUUGCUGCCUCUCUGUCAUCGGCCAGGAGUCUCUGGUAAACGGAAGUGCUUCGGUGAUCGUCCCUCUUGCUCUCAGUUUUCUUUUAUGUUGCCUCUUGACCCUAAUCAUUUGGAGGCAGCCUGAAAGCAAAACCAAACUAUCUUUUAAGGUACCAUUUCUACCCGUGUUGCCCAUUUUGAGCAUCUUCGUAAAUGUAUACCUAAUGAUGCAGUUGGACAAAGGCACAUGGAUACGAUUUGCAAUCUGGAUGGUAAUAGGUUUCGUCAUAUAUUUUGGUUAUGGCAUAUGGAAUAGUACAGAAGCUGCGGGCUCCAAACCAGAGAGGAAUGACGCUGAUUAUAAAAGGACCAAUGGAUUAAACAAUGAGAAACAAGCUUUUCUAGACAUAGAUGCUGCUAACACAACGACUGCGUGAUGCCCCCCGGAAGUUAGGUCUUUCAAGGCGAUGUAACUACUACAUUUAGCUGAAACCACAGAGAAUGACUUUACCCAAAGCUUGCAACCCGCACAAAGCAUUCUACGUCAGAUGAGCUGCUCUACUUCCAGCAUGGUAGAGCCAGAGUUACGGUUACCUCUCAGUGCUGCUACUCUGGUCUUGUACCAUUAAUAGAUCUUGCUUUAGGAUGGACCAGAUUGAUUGAAUGUCCUA